GAGCUAGGUAUAUUAUAUGCCAGAUCAGGAAACAACAACUCAUUAGAGACUACAUUAUGUAUUGCCUAUAAUCCAAAAUAUCAAAAAUUACCAAAACCUAGCUCCGUAAAAUCACAUCCUUUAGCAGACUAUUCAUCCAGUAAUGGCUGUGAUGAUAUUUACACAAAAACAAUAGAAAGUCAUGUUGUUUUCGUACAACGUGGUUAUUGUACAUUCGCCCAGAAAGCCCGUUUUGUACAAAGGUAUAAUGGAACUGCUCUGAUUUCAAUACAUUAUGAAAAUGAAACAUCACUGGUAAUGCCAGGUGGAACAGAAGACGAUUAUGAUAAUAUCACCAUCAUUCUAGCUACUAUAUUAUGGAAAGAUUUCCAAACAUUAGAGGCAAGUUUUGAUGUAUAUGUGUCUAUGUAUGCCCCUGAUGAUGCUAAAGUAGAUCCUAAUAUGGCAUGUAUAUAUUUGAUAGCCAUGUUUUGUGUUGGCGUUGGAUCUUUUUGGUCUGGUAUUGUCAGACAUGAUAUUAAGAAGUAUAGAUGUAAUUCAGAUAAAAGUAAUAAUGUAGAAGAAGAUGAAGCUGUUGAUUUAUCACCUAUAUCAUUAUUAAUAUUAGUUAUUUUAUUAUGUGGAAUGUUAGUUUCUUUAUAUUUUUUCUAUGAUUAUCUUGUGUAUGCUGUGAUAGGAUUUUUCACUUUAGCUGGAUCAGUAGGACUGUAUUUCUGUUGUCAACUUAUUUGGAACAAGAUAUUAAAAUGUCAUGCAUUUAUUUCUGUAGAAAAGAUACCAGGGUGUAGUGGUGCAAUAGAAAUUCGUUCAAUUUUGUUAUAUUUAUUAUGUGCUGCCAUCAAUGAAUUAUUUUCUUCUUUUGCUUUUAUUUAUGCAUGGAUAUUACAGAACAUACUGGGAACAGCAAUUUGCAUUAAUAUGUUAAAAACAAUCCGAUUACCCAAUCUCAAGGUGUGUACCCUAUUACUGGUCCUGUUAUUUUUCUAUGAUAUAUUCUUUGUUUUUAUUACACCAUUAUUUACCAAGACUGGUAAAAGUAUAAUGGUAGAUGUAACUACGGGUGGAAAUAGUGUAACAGGUGAACGGUUACCAAUGGUAUUUAAAUUCCCUAGAUUAUUAUCCUCAGUAUAUUCUAUUUGUACAGAACAACCCUAUUCAUUAUUAGGUUUUGGUGAUGUUUUAGUACCAGGUUUAUUGAUAUCUUAUAAUCAUGGUUUUGAUAUUGAAAUUGGUUCUAAAAGAUUGUAUUACAUAUCAUCUUUAAUAGCAUAUGCUGUUGGUUUAGGGAUCACAUAUUUAGCUCUGACUUUCAUGGAGACUGGUCAACCAACAUUGUUAUAUCUUGUACCUUGUUUACUUAUAACAACUUUUACACUAGCUUGUCAUAGGAAAGAAUUUCGUCUACUAUGGUCUGGUAUUAAGGUAUGCAUACUUUAA